CCAAUACCUAGGACCAGAGAGGAGCGGGCUAUGGCGUCUUGCGGCGUGGCAAGGGAGCGCUAGGGUUAGAGGCGUGGUGGGAGUUUCCGGAGAGCUAGGGCUGGAUUCGAGGUUGGCUUGAUCUUCCGGCGGCAAUGGAACAGGGAAAUGCGGCGGAGGUAAGGCCGUGAAAGAGGAAUGCAGCUGCCAGGAGGAGCGAGAGCUUCCUGCCGGGAGUAGUAUCGCCUGGGCUGGGAUUGAGGGGAAGUGAUCGGGAAGAAGAGCCGGCUGGGUAGGGUAAACGAUCCAGUUAGGGGAGCUCCUUCAAGAAGUAGCGUGGCUAUGAGGCUGUUGAUUAUAGGGCAUUGGUCUAGUUGAGUGGGAAGGAGCUGCAAUGGCCGACACGGUCGGCUCCAUCUUGGACUAUCUCCGGCAGCACCACUUCUUACAGGCGGAAGCUGCUCUUAAGGCGGAGCUCGCCGGCCGUGAAGUCUCGAAUGGCCUCUUCUCCAUCGACGUUGAUCUUGGCGUCCAGAGCAACAAGGUGCCCGCCAAAGAGCUUGCCGAGGAUGCUUCCGUGCCAAGCGACGUCCAGAAUGAAAAGCUGCUGGUUUCCGAGGUUGCGGACUGCCAAAGGAACUCUACGCUGGUUAAGUACUACAUGGGCGUGCCAAAGUCGACUGAGCAGACCACGAGUGCUUCUGUGCAAGCUGGUCCGGAACUUGAGGUAGCAGAGGACAAGCGUCGUGCUACCGGCAGUGCCGGCACUGAGAAUGCUGCAAAGGUCAAGGUGGUGGGAGAGUCGAGCUUGGAGUCGUUGAACGAAGGAUUCUGGGAACAGAAAGAUGAGCUGCUUUGGGUGCCCGGGACAAAGCAGGGUCCGCAGCUGGGAAAGGUUCAUCCGCUAGACGAGCUGGGGUUUUCGCAGGGAAGGAAGAGCUCGCAGACGCACAACGAUCAGAAGCACAAGGAAGCUGCUCGUCAUAAGUCGAUGGAGGCCAGGAGCGAACGGAGUGGUCCGGAGAGUACCGAUGAACCACAGGUGUCUAACAUCCGAUCCACUAGAAAAGAAGCAGCAGAAGACGGUAAACCGGAAGAAAGUUGUCUUGCGUCGCGGCCGACAUCAUCAGCAAACUCUUCAAACCAGAAAGGAGGACAAGAUAAAACAAGAGGUUCUGGUGAUGCUUCUGAGAGAUCAAGCGGGUUUCCUAGGCUUCCUCCGGUGAGGCUGAAAUCCGUGGAGAAGAUACCAGACGAAUGGGUUGCACACUGUCGAGUAGGGUCUGACGCCGACGUAGAGAUGGACCCGCUGGACGCAUCUUCUUUCGCACUUGGAUCUUUUCUUGACGUUCCUGUUGGCCAAGACAUUUUGUCGUCGGGUACCAAACGCUGUGCUGCUAUUAACAGACCAUCUGUUAGCCAUGGCAUUGUGGAAGAUCCAUCAGCAUCGUUUGCAAACGCAGGUGACGGGUCGGCUGCUGAGUAUCCGGAUGAGUAUUGGGAUUCUGACGCCUACGAAGACGAUGACGAUCCUGGCUACACACGACGGCCCAUUGACGACGAGAAAGAAUUUCUGGCAAGCGAGAUCAAUUAUCCCAGUGAAGAGGAAAGAGCACGGAUAGAACAUAACCCUGCCCAGCAAGGUACAACUUAUGGGAAAUAUGAUGACGAUGACCGUUCUUAUGUGGAGUCUUACUUUUCUGGAGAGGAAUACUACAGAGGAAGAGACGCCAGAGAUAACAACGGUGACGCAGAUGUCGACGCCUUAUGCGGUGCAGCUGAUGAGCUUUCUUUUAGGCCGCAUGCCAACGACUACGAUGGUCAGCUGUUAGAUUCAGAAGAGCUGAAGCAGAUUCGGUCCGAGCCAGCUUGGCAAGGUUUUGUUGUUCAAGGGAAUGCGAUAAGGAAGGAUCAGGCUGCUACAACUGCCAAUGACCAGGAUGACUUUAGCCGGGAAAUUCGAGAAACGUACCUUGCCGAAAGUAGUGACGGGGAAGUCGGAAGUCUACAGGAUUGUGACUUUCGAGGACGCAACGGUUUCUUGGACGUGGAGAAACGCCGCCAGCAAUGUUUCAAACAGGGAGGACCAAGCUCCGCGGAAGAAGAACAUGACAUUGUUCUCCAGUAUUAUAACAGGCCGUGGGGUCACAAAGCACAGGCAAAUGGAUGUGAGGAGGUCGACUUCCAACAAGACAGAAACGGCAGCGUUGAGACGCAGCUCGCGGAAGAGCAGCUCGGUGCCUUUCAGUUCGGCGGCUUUUCUUUUCCGUCUCCAUCAAGUGCUGGCGAUGUUGAUGGUUCUAGAGCAGAGUCCGGGAGGUCCUUGUGGUCAACAAGAGAAAUAUCGUCUCGGGGUGAGGAGGUAGAUCAAUUUGCUAACGGCUUCGUUGGUCCAGAUGACACGCUAGCCUCUUGGAAACGCAAAAGCAACGAGUCGUCUCCGAUUAUUAGCGGCGGGGAGGAUCACGAGCUCCGUCUGGCUUUGUCGACACACUCAACUGUGUCACCUGGCUCUACCGAGGACUCCCUCAGUGUUGAAGAAGAGCGAGUUGAUGACGAGGAUGUGGAUGCACAGAGGGACGAGACUGAGGCUGCAGCCGCGUAUGACGAAGAAGCAAUAGCUGUUCAUGAGCAUUUUCAUCGCUUGCAAGCUGAAGAGGAGGAGUUUGAGACCUUUGACUUGAAAAUUAUUCACAGGAAAAACAGAACUGGAUUCGAGGAAGAUAAGGAUUUCCAGGUUCUGAUCAACUCGGUAAUCGCUGGUCGCUAUCAUGUUACGGAGUUUCUUGGAGCCGCAGCUUUCAGCAAGGCCAUCCAGGCGCAUGACCUCUUCACUGGCAUGGAUGUUUGUAUGAAGAUCAUCAAGAAUAACAAGGAUUUCUUUGAUCAAAGCCUUGACGAGAUCAAGCUGCUGAAGUAUAUCAACAAACACGAUCCGGCGGACAAGUACCAUAUUCUACGGUUAUAUGAUUACUUCUAUCAUCGGGAGCACCUAUUUAUCGUCUGUGAGCUACUACGAGCUAAUCUGUACGAGUUUCACAAGUACAACCGAGAUUCGGGAGGGGAGGUCUAUUUCACGAUGCCUAGAUUGCAGUCUAUUACUCGCCAGUGUUUGGAGGCACUGGAGUUCUUGCAUGGCCUUGGAUUGAUACAUUGCGAUUUGAAGCCGGAGAACAUACUAGUAAAGAGCUACAGCCGGUGCGAAGUGAAGGUGAUUGAUCUCGGGAGCAGCUGCUUUCAAAGCGACCACCUGUGCUCUUACGUGCAAUCCCGAUCUUAUCGAGCGCCAGAAGUUAUACUGGGCCUUCCCUACGACCAGAAGAUUGACAUUUGGUCCCUGGGGUGUAUUCUAGCGGAGCUUUGCUCAGGAAAUGUACUAUUCCAGAAUGACUCCCUGGCAACGCUGCUCGCCCGCGUUGUCGGCAUUAUUGGCCCUCUAGAUCCUGAGAUGGUGGCCAGAGGACGCGAAUCUUACAAAUUCUUGACGAAGAACAGCAAGCUGUAUGAGCGCAACCAGGAGACUAGCCGCAUGGAGUACUUAAUCCCCAAGAAAACGACGCUGGCACAUCGUCUGCCCAUGGGCGACCAGGGGUUCCUCGAGUUUGUGGCGUUCCUUCUCCAGAUUAAUCCCAAGAACCGUCCCAGCGCGGCCGAGGCACUCAAGCAUCCGUGGCUCUCGUAUCCAUACGAGCCAAUCUCGUCGUGAGUUCCACGAGACGAGACGAGACGAGACGAAGAACACAUAGGCCUACACAAAAACACAAACAGUCGAACACACACACACACACACAAACAGAGAGGAGCAGAAGAACACUUGGGAAAAGAAAAGUUGAGUGCUGGUUUUGUUGCCUUGCUGACGUUCGUGGGUUUUGCAUUCCUUCAGCUUACAGUUUCGGGGUGUAUUUCUACAAGACCAAAGGGUUGUAUUCUAUCUUCUUCAUCUUCUCCACUCCACCACCACCACCAUUUGUCCGUCUUCUGGUUUUUUCUCCUUCGAUUCUUUCCUUCUUUUGGUUUUUUUUUUUUUUGUUCUUCGUUUUCUUUAUAUUUGUUUUGGUGCUGUUUUUACGUCCCGGUCAAGAGCGGAGGUUCUUUGUAACAUAUAUUUCCAAACACUGAUGCUGCCGCUGUAGUAGCUCUCACUCUCUGAUUCUUCUAAUGCAAAAAAACAAAGCCAGAAAUUCUUGGAAAAUUAUA